CUCAAAUCGGUACUUUUGCCCGAACAUUUCAGCGCACACAUACUGGCGCCACAAGACCGAAGUCGGCAAUACGACCAACCGUACUGAGCCGGGUCGGCAUCUAGUAUCCCCAUCGAUCAUACUCUUUCUGGACUUCUCGCAGACACUGGAGCGGUUUCCUUGUUUUUUCUUUUGGAGGAUCUGCUUCGGCGGGUAGCAGCAUGGUUGGAUCACGCAAGCUGUAUGUUUCGCUCCUCGGAGCGUUGGCAUGGUCCAGCACCGCUGCUGAUACAGUAAUCUCAAUUAUCGAGACAUCGUCGCUUUCCACCACACAGGCUACCCUCCUUCAUAUUGCUGCCACAGCAAGUGCCUUAGAUACUGUAUCACUGUGCUGUGUUGGUUUCUACAUCGUUCAGGAUGUUCGACGAAGAGACGGUUUCAUGGAGCGAUCAGUCAGCGCGAGAAGAGCCCUGGUUGGAGUCAGUGUUGUCCUCUCUCUUGCAGCACUGAUUAUCUCACUUGUCCUUAUAAUCACCAUCAAAUCCAGAAGGAAUGAGGUGAUCAGCAGCUCGUCAGCAGGGCCAAUCUCGAACUGGGAUGCGGUCCUCGUCGGCCACAUCAUCGUAUGGGUGAUCUCGUGCCUCAGCCAAAUUACGCUGUAUUCCUCCAAUUUCUGGAAGCGACAUACGCCCAAGCUUCAACCGAUCACCGUCUCAGGACCUAGAGACUCGGUCAUGUCAGAGAUGCGAACCUCAACGCCAAGCAGGAACAGAUUUGCCAUGGGUCCUGCUCAACCAGCUUCUCCACUUGCAGCGCUUCCAUCGCCAACCUUCUCCACUCGUUCAUCGCAGUCACUCAGGUCUUUCCGGGAAUCACUUCGACAUGCUGUUCGACCUGUCACAUCACGAACUGCGUUGGUCAGCCGGCCUUCAUUUAAUCGUGACACAAGAAGUCUCUACUCCGACGCUCAUUCGAUCGACAAUGUAUCCCAUUCGGACGGCUUUGAUAGCUGGGACACUAGCAGUGUGAGCAAUCAAGCUCGGGAUGCUAUGAUGCAGACAGCCCCUUCGAAGGGCACACAUUUGGAACCAAUUCCAGGCAGUCGAUCUGUAACACCAGCACGCGCUCUGGAUGGCCCUUUUUUGCCUGAGAUCGAUGAAGAGCUGGCUGAAGAAGACCUUAUUGCACCGCGCAUGAUCCCAGAUAUCUCAAGACCACCCAGCCCUGCGGUGAGCGAGGCACAUAUUCACCCGCUAUUCAGAACCGAGAGCCCCGUUCCACCACCUGAGGCCACCCCGGGCACAAGCAUCCUUGCCAGUCCUCUGGCAGAUCAAGUCAUUGCAUGCCCGGCACGGCCUUACAUGCGGAUGCGAUCGAACAGCAACUUGCGCAAUAAUACUACAAGUCCUAGCACGCCGGUCCCGGCCCACAGCCUGCGAGGCCGUGCCAUGAGCGCAAAUGCUGGAUCUAGGACACCUUCGCCUCCCAGCAGGGAGAUGACCCCUCCCAUUCCUGACUUCGUGCUCAACUCUUCUCCACGCAGCAGUUUGAGUGGAUCACGAAAAGUCAGCCUUCGCAACUCACCCGACUGGUGAGCAGCAAACACACAUAUAGAUCUCUGUUUCUGGCGUCUUGCUCUUUGGGGUGGCACCUUGGUAAUGAUGGACCUAAUGUGCUACACGCUUCAUGAUCUCAUUGUCUAUACACCGUAGGAUCACUCCUGCCAUAUUUUCUUUUUGGUUACUGCCUGUCGCGUUUGAUUAUUGCGCUAUACCUUCUCUUCACUUUAUCCAGCCCAGCUCUCACGUUUGGUGAUUGAGCUUCGAGCUUCAAGCGUUCUGGUCAGCGUUUCAUUCACGAUACCACAAGACGACCUCGUCUUCAAGCAGUAUUGCUAAUCGUAGUACUGCUUUUCGCGACAACAUAGUAAUGGCUGGGCCAUAGAGAUUACCGAGCAUUGGGAUAUUGAUUCCCACCAUACCAUCACAUCAAAUCAAAUUA